CUCCCUUUUACACCACGCAUACAUAAGAGCAUUCAGGUUAAUUAUACUGAAACUGUUUCUUCCUUUGCCUGGAACCUUAGCCUUGAUGCUGAGUAACUUGUGAGACUGUGAUACGCAAAGGACGUUCAGCGAACACUGUAGCUUUGCCUACUGAUAACGUUCGUUUUUACAGUAAUUUUGAGGAGAUAUCUCACUAUAGGCCUUUUACUGGCAAUGUCUUCGAUUGCCCAGCGACCGGUCUUGCCACGCGGUCAGUUUUCGUCCGCAAGGGCGGCGAAACGUAACGUAGUAUGCAGCCUGCUUGAUGGAGGCGCAGGUUCGAGGGUUACGUUGGUGACCCGAGGUGCAACUUCCGCGGUCAUUGCUCCACAGUGUGCGCGUUCCGGCACGACAACCAUCCUUUGCUCUGCGCUUCGCAAGGAGCGUAAGAAACUAGCGAAGGUGCUUAAGUCGCACCGAAAGGUGCUGGAAAAGCGGUUAUCAGCGCUGCAGACAACGGAGUUAGCAUCGCCAGUGCUGUCGGAGCUCUUGACAGAGCUCCGCAGCCUCACCUCUCAACUUGAGAACCCACGCAACGCUGCUCCGCUCUACGCCGACUCCGACAGCUCCGACAGUUCAGACUCAGAUGACGGCGAUGGAGCAGUUUGCGCAACCCGCUCCGCCGCAACCCUAGCACGUCAACUGCCCUCCACGCCGCGUGCAUCAGCAGCGAACAUCGAAGCUGGGCUGCAGUCCUCGACUUCCGCCAACAUCUCCACCAACAACAGCAGUAUCCCAAACACCACGACCAUGGUGGUUUCGGGGCUGUCAGGCCAGGUGGAGGUCGCGAUGCCGGCUCCGCUCGAGGGCUGGGACUGGAGCGAGGAGGACUUCCGGGACGCCAAGUUUGACGGCGCUGGCGGGCGGGUGCUGGUAUGCACAGGAAGCAAGUGCCAGCGCAAGGGUGCCUCGGAGGUCCUUCGCGCCGUGUCAGCCCUGGCGUACGGCAACCCCAACGUCGAUGUCGUACCAUGCAAGUGCGUCGGCAAGUGCUCCGAGGGGGCUGCCGUACGGGUCCGCAGCAGCAGCAACAGUACGGCAGCAGCAGGAGCAGGGGGCGCUGCAGCAGGACGGCCCUCCUGUGCGACCUACACGGAGGUCCGCCCGGGGAAUUUGCGGGGGGUGUUUGAGGAGCACUUCGGUGCGGGAGCGGCUGCUAAGACACCUGCUGCUGCGGCGGCUGCGGCGGCUGCUCCGAAGCCAGGCGAGGCAGCUGCGCCUUGCUGCGCCGCGUGUAGUGAUGCGUGAAGGGGGGUAGCUGUAGAUGCCAUGCCUCUGGGCCUCAAAUGCAGGGGUCUUUUGAGAAGGCGUUAUGUUGCGUGCGAGUUGGUAUUGGUCAUUGACAGGAGAAGGUUGUGAAGGAGCUGUGCACAGAUGAGAGGGCGACAGGGAUCUUCUCUUUGCUGGAUACUAUUUGUGUCUUGAUCCCGAUGGAACUAAUGCCUCCCAAGGAAUGAAUGGGCCCAGAUGGUGCUGUGCCGUACCUCCCCGAUGCUCUGUACAUGAUGUGUUUUUGUUCCGCCGUACUUUUUGCCCAGUGUACUGCUGGUUGCUUUUGCGUGUCCGAGUGUGCCGAUAAAUUCAUUACAUGUUUUGAUUUGGCUCUGCUUGAUUCCCUAGCGCCCUAGCGCCACCAGAUCGACUAAUUCCUUUUGAUUGGACCUUUCAUCAAAUGGCCAGUAGGACCCUUAGGCUAGGCCUUAGUCAGGAUGCAGUUGCUGAGAGAUAUGGUUGGUUAAGUACGACAAGAUAGAAUGCCGAUUCGAGAUGGAAUGCAUACCAGUGGUUAUUGUUGAGGCAGGUUUUCACGUGCCGCACACGGGUCUGGUAGUAGCGUUGUGCAUGUGACGGUUGGAGGUUUGAAACAUCCAGGACAGAAACCAUGAGCCCAUGAUGGCUCAGCAUGCCGGGAGGCCAACGUUGCCAACGGCGCAG